AUGUCGAGCGACACAAACAGUUUGGGAACUAAAACGGCCAUCCGAAGCGUACGUCACAAUAAGCAGCGCAACAAGAACUUUCAUCACCGCUACUUGGCGCUUUGUCGGUCGAAAAAUUUCCAACCCUUGCCGGUGAUUGUAAAACCGAAGCAGAAGGAUCAGGUUUUUCUUGACGUGUACGGUGAUCGCUUGAAGUGUUACGAUUGGCGGCUGAUCGCGGAUGCUUUACGGGAGGAUAAUUCCAUAAAUCAUCUGGCGUUACGAUUGCGCAAGACAUACACGGAAGGUACUGAUGGGUUAAUACCGCAGAACGUGAUGGAAGGACAUGGAGCGGAGAAAAGUGUUUUUAUGGACAAACGUUUGUUCAAGCAGCUCGUGGACACGCUGGCAAUCUUUCUCCGCACUAACAAAGUAGUGGAGUAUUUCGCAAUCGAAGGUUUCCCGAUGGCAGGUGUUCGUUUAUGUACGCUCAUAACGGGUCUGGUGGACAACACUUCGCUGACCGAGUUAAACCUGGCCCGCUGUUCCAUCGGCGAUGAAGGAUGUAAAGCGCUGUGCGCGGAGAUAAAGUUUGCUCCAAACUUGCUGGUGCUGAACCUGACCGCGUGCCAGUUGACGGUGAAGGGCUGUCAGGCGCUUGCGGAGCUGAUCAAGUUUCAGAAAAUGCAACGUUAUGCUGCGAGCUGGGAGCAAUCGUUGCGUUACGGUGACAUUAAGGAGGAUAAGCUAAUGGGCUUGCGAUACCUGUACCUGAGCCAUAACCCGGCGAUCGGUGACUAUGGGUUGCUCGAGCUAACGGAUGUCUUAAAGGACGACGCCUGGAUACGGCAGAUACACGUGUGCAACUGUGGGUUGACCGAUGCCGGGGCACAGUUUCUGAUCGAAUGCUUGCAUAUGAACAGCGCAAUUGAAAAAUUUGACAUUCGGGAGAACAAAAACAUUUCGAACGAGGCCUGCCAUGAGAUUCUCGUGAAGCUUGGCGUAAAGUUUGAGGAAGAUGGGUCUGAUUCAUCGUCGACAACCAAGAAGAGUCCGAAGACUUUGGCUGGCUUUAGGGAGCAUUGCGAAUACUUAGAAAUGCAACUAAACACGGAACGCAACCGGAACAACCAGUUGGAGUCAAAAUUGGAGCAAAUGCACCUACAAAAUGGAGAUUAUGCAGCAACCAUAAAGGAACUACAACAUGAAAUGAGUGACCUGACCAAAUCGCGCAUUGGAUUAAUUGAAAAAUUGAGAAAAGCUGAAAAUAAAUCAUCGAAGCAAAAGAAGGCAGCCGGCACUCCUUUGCGUAAGUCACAAAGUGACGCAUUUGCCACAGUUUUCCAAGGACCGACAACAAGCGAGACGGCCAUGGCAUCAAAGUCGGAAACAGUUGUAAAUGUAGAAAAUGAACCGCGACAUUCUUCCGUUGCAUCCACUAAUCGGGUUGUUGAACGUUAUAUUGGUGAUUGUGGUGGUGAUGGAGUAGAGAAAACAGUGGAUUCCUUUCCGGAGAAGUUUUAA